AUUUCCCCCAAUUCUCUAAUGUGCUCCCAUUUCUUCUCUCUCUGUGCAAUAAAUAACGAAAAACCCUAAUUACUAAUCCUCUUCUUUCUCUCUCUAAACGCUUUCUCUCUCUAUCCACGCUAACCCUAAAAAGCGUUUCCAUGGCGGCGGCUCGGGAACGGAAGGACAAUUCGUACGAUGACGGAGGGGGUUUCGGGAAGUUUCGAAAGCGGCCCUUUCGAAGGGCGCAUGCCACGCCGUAUGAUCGCCCAUCGAGCGCAAUUAGAAACCCCAGCCUUGCAAGUAAUUCCAACAACAACAAUGGUUGGUUAUCGAAGCUUGUGGAUCCGGCACAGAGGCUCAUUACUUCCAGCGCUCAUAAGCUUUUUGCUUCUGUUUUUCGAAAACGUCUACCUCCUCCUCCCCCCCAGCCGCCGGAGCCAGAGGCAAAUGGGGGAGCACUUGAUAGGCCGCUGGAAGCAGUUCCAAAAGAUCCACCUGGAACUCGAAGAUCAACUACAGAUGUAAUUCAUAAUUCGGGGAGUAGUUCCGACGGAAGUGGGCUUACUGAACUUGAGCUAAUUCUGAAGCAGAAGACAUUUACCAGGUCUGAGAUUGAUCAAUUGACUUCUCUAUUGCAAUCAAGAACUGUUGAUCUACCUGUUGGGAAUCAAGAAAAGAAAUCUGAAAUGAUCUUUUCGAAGGGGUUGUCAUCCCUGGAUAGAAAUGAGGAAUUUCCAAUCACUCCAGUCAAAGAUAAUGGACUGGAGAACCACCAUAUUUCAAAUCCCAUUGUUAGUUCAAGUGUCCUUGAUGAGGAUGUUGCUUCACCUGCAGAGCUUGCAAAAGCUUACAUGGGUAGCAGGCCUUCCAAAAUAUCCCCAUCAGCACUAGGUUUGCGCAUUCAAGCUGCUGGAGAGGAUUCGGUUUUGCAGAUUGAUCGGCCUUUGCCUUCAAAGUCGCCCAUAAUGUCAGUUGUGCCAAGGUCUGCAGGACGUAUUACUUCCAUUGAAAAUGGCUUUGUGACACCCAGGUCUAGGGGUCGAUCUGCUAUAUACAGCAUGGCUCGAACACCAUAUUCCAGAGUUCACUUGUCCUCUACUCUGCAGGGUCCUGGGACUGAAAUUAAUGUUCUUGGUACACAGUCGUUGUCAUCUCAAAAUAUCUGGGGAAGCAACAGAAUUUCUGGGUCUAAACAAGGGGCCUUAAAACGACGAAGUUCAGUUUUGGAUAAUGAUGUGGGAUCUGUAGGUCCUAUACGUAGAAUUCGUCAGAAAUCGAACCUCCUGCCUUCUUCUGCGACCUUGUCUAUCCGUGGAAAUGGAAUUGGUUCUGAUCUCGCUCGACUUCCAUCCUCAUCACAGACGCCAAUUUUAGAAAGUAAGCCAACAAUGGUUAAGGGGGACAAUAAUAUUCAUGGAUCUGGUUUUACCUCUGUGCCCUCCAAGUCCAGUGAGAUGGCUUCAAAAAUAUUGCGGCAACUGGACAUGUUAGUAUCAUCAGGGGAGAAAUCACCUACUAAGUUGUCACCAUCCAUGCUACGUGGGCCGGCUCUUAGAAGCCUGGAGAACAUAGAUUCUUCCAAGUUUCUGGAGACUGUUCAAGAUAAUAAUAAGUUGGAUUCUAACCAUGAUGCUUCAUUACCUGAUUCGCGAGACUCUAUGUCUCAAAAGCAGGAUAAAGUUGAGGAACCAAAGCUCAUUGCUCCUGAUGACAAAUCAGCUUCUACAGUAAAUGUUUUAGAUCCCACAAAGUUAGUAAAAAAUAAUGCAUCUGAUACCAAAGCAAUAUCUUUGUCUGUGAUGAAUUCUCUUCCCCAGCCCCCGCCACAGAAGAAACGGGCUUUCCGUAUGAGUGCACAUGAGGAUUAUCUGGACCUUGAUGAUGAUGACCAUUCAGCUAUGACUGGAUCUGGUACACUUGCUCAUGUGCGAGAGAAGCUGGAUGACACUUUGGCUGAAAAUAAGAUCAGUCCUGCUGAGGCCGUUACAUCAGAGAAGCCUGUAGCUUUUUCUCAACCCAAGCCUCAGGAAAGCUCAAUAUUGAACCAAAAAACUUCAGAAACUUCUGAUGGGUUUGCAGUUGCUGGAAAGAGCAGUGGAUUUUCAGUCCCACCUGCAUCUUUGCCCAGCAGUGUGGCUGUCCAGCAGGCCGCGUUAGACAAGCAGCCAUCUUUAAUGUCUGAUAAAACUUCAUUGCCAAAUGAAUUAAGUGUUGCUCCUCCCAUUCUUAGUUUUGGAGACAAAGUUUCACCCAAGGAACCAAAUGGUCUUCCAAAUGCUAUUUUCAGCUCUGAAACUGCUGAAGUGCCAUCAUCGGCGCUCAGUUCCGCUUCACCAGUUGUGAGUGUUUCUACAGGCUUAAAUUUUGGUACUUCAUCGAAUUCUAAAUCGGGAAGCGCGAGCAGCUUCACAUUUACUGCUGUUGAUGGAAUGAAGUCUGUGCCAAAUGAGCAUGAACCAGAUAAAGCUGAUAACAGAAACAAUUUGAAGGCGGGUGUCUUCAGUUCAACUGAAACUGUGUCAUCCACUGUAUCAACCUCCUUACCAGCCACAAGCAUAUUCUCAUUUGGCAUGGCUACCAAUGCUUCUAAUUUAAAUGGGGCUCUUGCAGCUUUUUCUCAAUCAUCUUCUUCCACUGGUCCAGCUCUUGUUUCUAAGAAUGUAGCUGGGCAAACUUCAUCUGGCAGCUCUGUUGAUGCUGCCAUUAACAGCAAUACUAAUGCCACCUCUGUGACUACCGCAUCGGCAAACAACAACAGCAGUAGCAGCUUCUCCAUAUCGGCUUCAGCACCUUCCUUUGUGUCUGGAACCGGUUUCAAAUUUAGUUCCCCUGCGAUUCUAUCUGCUUCAACAUCAUCAAAAUCAGAAACUACUGGUGUAGAAUCGUCAGAAACCAAGAAACAGGAAACGAGCAUAGGGAAUUCUGUGAGAGCGCCUUUUGGCAGUUUAUCCCCAGCAAUUGCAAGCACAGGGGGCAGUCCUUUCAGUGGUGCAUCCUCUGCAAUAAUGAGCACAGGAAGUGGGAUUUUUGAUGGUACGUCGUCUGCAGUUACAAGCACAGCAAGUAGCAUUUUUCAUGGUACAUCAUCUGCAAUUGGAAGCACCACGAGUAGCAAUUUGGGCAGCUCAUCCUCUGCAGUUACAAGCACAGGAACUGGUAUUUUUAACUUCGGUGCUGGAGCGAGUACUUCAGCUGCAGCUAAUCAAUCUCAGGGUUUUAAUCCUUUUAUUGCUGCCAGUUCUCAAGCAUCUGGGGCUGUGACUGUUUCUGCAACUUCGACCCAGAGCAUGCCAUUUCAAUUUGGCUCAGCUGCAUCUCCUUUUGGAUUGACUACAAAUACAGCCUUUUCUUCUGGGAGUUCUUUAAUUAGUUCUUCAGCGUUCAGUUCUGGUGCUUUUGGACUCACUUCUUCUACUUCUACAGAGGCUAACUCUGUUAGUUCCAGCAGUAGUAGCUCUAUGUCAACUAUUUUUGGUUCCAGCUGGCAAACGCCUAAAACUCCCUCAUUUUCUUCUGCUUCUUCCUCUACCGGAUUUGCUUUUGGAGUAUCCUCGGCUUCUAAUGCUAGUACCAGCACCACAUCCAUGAUGUUUGGAUCGUCUGCUAAUGCUUCAUCUGGUACCAAUACCAUAUUCUCGUUUAGCUCACCUGCAGCAACUACAUCACAGACAGGGUUUGGCAACACAAAUCCUGCAUUCGCGUUUGCACCAUCUCCAUCUGGUAAUAAUGAUCAGAUGAGUAUGGAGGACAGCAUGGCUGAGGACACGGUACAGGCAACCACAUCUACGCUCAAUGCAUUUAGUCAACAGCCAACUACAACUCCAUCUAGCUUUAUUUUUGGUUCUAUGCCUCAAGCGAAUCAAUUUACCUCUACAACUCCAUCAGGGGUGAAUCAAUUUGGCUCUGCAGCACAGUCGGGAGCAACUCCCUUUCAAUUUGGAGCAUCUCAGAACACUUUGCCAGCUCCUGCUAAUGUGGAAUAUAAUGGAGGAAGCUUCUCGUUGGGCUCAAACGGUGGUGACAAGUCCAAUAGAAAAUUUUACAAAGUCAGUAGAAAGAGCCGGAAGAAGUGAUACUUGAAUCAUCAUGGGAAGCUGAUUGUCUUGUCAUAGGUCCUGGGUACUUGAAAUGGAUAGACAAUAAUUAUAAUGAUGAGAUAUAAACAGCAUAAAUUUCAACAUUUGAUGCUAUGCUGUCAGGUCGCUGCAGAUGAUGCAGGUAAAUCCACCCAGUGCUGAUUCUGUUUGCUCUUUCAGACUUCAAUUUCUUCAGGGCAAAAUUCAUGGUUGCAAGGAAUGCGCAAACAUACAUGGGUCGUCACAAUUUUGUACCAGUUUUCUUAGCAAAUCUUAAGAAUAUUUGUGCUGUAUUAGUGGUGUUAGCUUCUAGGGGAUUUAUGGUGGGGCAAAUUUACUAGUUACCCUGUUCUCUUUCUUGUACUGGUCGUAUGUAAUGUAACAUAAAGAUUGAAGAGGGAGUGAUGUGAAUUUGCUUAAGAAAGUUUGCAAUAUUAUAAUUUGAAUGAUUCAUGGUCCCUUGCUA